AUGGCAUUUGCCUCAAUUAAUUCUACGGGCGCACCCAUCGCCGCCAUCGAGGAGGCAUUUGCGACGGAACCCUUCCUCAAGAAGCGAGUCUACGACGCGAUCGGUACAACACCGCAGCAUAAACCUCUGCUUGAAGAUCUUGCGAAAUAUACCUCCAGCCUGCUGGCCAGGACUGCCAAUACUACCCUCCCUUCGCGGCCCCCAACCGUUGAUGGGCCUGCCGCUAAAAAGCGCAAGCUUCAAAAUGGAGACUCAGGGGAGACUGCGCAGGCGUCAGUCAACCUGAAAGAUGGCAAUGCGCCACUUCAGUUUUAUAUUCAAGAUGUUUCGUUCUCCACGCCGCAGAGGAAGAAGCUCACGCUCGAGAUCACUGCUGGGCAUAAAUAUCUUCGGGCAAGGAAUCAAGCUACGAAAGAGAUUGAAUUCGGCGUUUCCAUGGAUAAGAUUCGACAUGCGCUCUGUCUUCCUGUGCCGGAGAAGACACAAAAACAGUUCAAUUUUUGCAUCAUUCCCGAGUACGCCGAUGGCAUCACACCCCCGCCCGAGGGAACAACAGCCUCCGAAGCUAUGGUGUUUACGAUAGCUGAUGGACCUGCCAAGGCUGCAUUCUCAGGAAAUGGGGAGCAGCUUGGCCAUGGUCCCGGUGAAUCGGCCGAGGCAUUUAUUCGCAAAAUUCUGAAUGAGAACAUGCCUCACACCAAUGUUGUUCGUCCUGAUGAUAAGCAGUUUGUCAGUGCUAUGCCCGAGGCGCACCGAAAGGGCGAGAAAGCAUACCAUGUCAAGGCAUUCCGCGGUAGCAAAGAAGGCUAUCUCUUCCUUCUCUCUACGGGUAUCUUAUUUGCAUUCAAGAAACCGCUUCUAUUCUUUUCAUUUGCUACUGUUGACUCUGUCUCAUAUACAUCCGUCCUCCAGCGGACAUUCAAUCUCAACGUCAUGGCUCGCCCGGCGAAUGGGUCCGAAGAAGACAUCCAGGAAUUCGAAUUUUCGAUGAUUGACCAGGAUAAUUUCUCUGGGAUCGAUACUUACAUCAAGAGACAUGGUCUCCAAGAUGCUAGUCUCGCAGAGGCGCGGCGCGCCAAGGUCUACAAUGUCAACAAGGCCGGUGGAGAGGAUGCAGCGGCACCCGCCGCCGAGGCAGCCGGUGAAGAUGAAAGCGAGCUCCAGAAAGCACAGCGGGAGCUUGAAGACCAAGAGGAUGAAGAGGAAGAAGAUUACAACCCCGACAGUGAGGAUAGCGAAGGCAGUGGGUCCAGCAGUGAAGAGGAUGACGAUGAGGACGAUGAGGACGAUGAGGACGAUGAGGACGAUGAGGACGAUGAGGACGAUGAGGACGAUGAAGAAGAUGAAGAUGCUGAGCAGGACGGCGAUGAAAACAUGGGUCUGGUUGAGAACGAACUUGGAAGCGAAGCUGAGGACACCCCCCAGGCCCAUUAA